AUGUUCGUCCUGCAUGCUUCCAUGUCUACGUGUAACCUUGUGUUUUGUGUCUAUCUGUGUUUCUGCCCUGCACCAACCAUCAGGAUCCUUGUUGGCAGCCAUGCUGACUCAAUUUCCUUUCCAGCCCUUCCGGUCUGCAGCAUGAAAGAGGGGAACACAAUGGAGAAAGAUCAAGGACAUGCAGUGCAUACAACGGAACAUUUUAUCAACUCCAUCACGAAUUCCUUUGCCUCCCUCCAAGAUAUCAUCUUGUGCUCCAACCCAACCCCACACUUCCAGACGGCUGAUGGUCGCGAUGUCACACGGAGUGAGAAGCCUUCUCCAGAGAGGCAGGCACGGGUGCAGUCUCACUUCAACUCCGUGUUUCAGGACACAGAGAGGAUGUAUCAAGCUGCGGUCCUUGCAAAGGACAAGAAAGCGUUCUGGAUGGCUCGUACUCUGAUUGCCCAGUGCAGAGAGACAGCGAGCGAAGCGAAUGUUGACAUUGAGGACGUCCUCAGAAGCUUCGAGCACGAGAUUGAGAGUGCUGAGUACCAGCACAAGGUCAUCAGUCGCUUGCUCGCUGUGCCGAAGGUCUGA